AGUGGCAUGCAGUAUUCAAUGACUGUUCUGUCAAGCACAUCAUCCACUUGGCGAAUUCUGCUCCCUUUUUGAGAUAAUGGUGCUUCAUUCAUACCUUUCUUCUUCACUUGAUCUGACAACUUGGUGUAAGCAACGCCAGUAAUGGAUUGAGAAACUUUAUGGCAGUAAGAUAAUAACCAUGAAAUUCUGCAUAAUUUGGGUACCUAGUUUCUGUAUCAACAACUUUAAUAUUAUUCUCAUACUGGCAUGAAUGUGGGACAGCACAUUACGUGAAGAUGGAUAUGACAUUGCAAAAUAUAUCAUUUUUCAGUGUGAUUUAUAUCUCAUGGUGUCUAAUAUCGCUGAUUUACAGGAGGGAACCAAGAUUGGAAAACCCAAUCUGGGCAUCUCAGCCUUCCUCAAUCCUUUAUUCCUGUGCUUUUGCUGUUUGAUUAUUGGCUCCCCGUUUUCAGUUGGUUUUCCAGGUUCUUCAUCUCCAGCGAAUUACUUUCUUAGGCCGAGGCAUUGCAAGUUGAAGUCUCACGGAGUUCCUGGCUGGCAAGAAAAAAUAAUGUGAAAUUUGCUUAAAGACUGAGUGCAAUUUUUUUUUUUUUUUGAGUUGUCUAAAAUUUACCUAUAAUUAUAUAUAAAAGACAUGGAAUUAAUAAUACAUAAAUUGCACACCUUCAAAAAGACUAGACUCUUAAAUAUUUUAAUAAAUUUUUUUUCAGCUAACAAUAGAAGGUUUUUCAACAAUUUUUUCUGAAAA